ACAUUUUCUCGGACCUGCCAGCCCCCAGGAGGAAGGUGGGUCUGAAUCCAGCACCAUGACGGAACUAGAGACAGCCAUGGGCAUGAUCAUAGACGUCUUUUCCCGAUAUUCGGGCAGCGAGGGCAGCACGCAGACCCUGACCAAGGGGGAGCUCAAGGUGCUGAUGGAGAAGGAGCUACCAGGCUUCCUGCAGAGUGGAAAGGACAAGGAUGCCGUGGAUAAAUUGCUCAAGGACCUGGACGCCAAUGGAGAUGCCCAGGUGGACUUCAGUGAGUUCAUCGUGUUCGUGGCUGCAAUCACGUCUGCCUGUCACAAGCACUUUGAGAAGGCAGGACUCAAAUGAUGCCCUGGAGAUGUCAUAGAUUCCUGGCAGAGCCAUGGUCCCAGGCUUCCCAAAAGUGUUUGUUGGCAAUUAUUCCCCUAGGCUGAGCCUGCUCAUGUACCUCUGAUUAAUAAAUGCUUAUGAAAUGA